AUGCUGGGCGGCUCUACUCGCAGCGCCGCACCCCACGCCAAGUUCCUUCAGCACUGGACCGGCGAGAAUACAUAUACAACUUACACGCACUUCCCAAAGAAAGUCUACCGAGCUGCCAACUCGUCCACUGGUGGCUUUUCCGUGACCAUAGGUGCCGCACAAGCCGGCUACCACACCUUCAGCGGGAAGCUUGCCACAUCUCUCAAGACAACAGACACCGACCUCGAGCCUUCCCGCACCAUCGCUUGGUCCGAGCAGGUCGAGCUGCUUGAGACUCCAUUCUACGCUGACUGGUAG